CCGUUGCUCUUUUCGACGGGACAAAUCGUGAAACGUCUUCCAAGUGAAUUUUCUUUUACGACACAAUGUUGCCACAGUACUUGGUCACAAAGCGGAACGCGUUCGACAGUUAGCGAAGAUACGGUCAAAUUAUUUGACUACGUCGUCUGUUCAUUAUCCAUCGUGUCGAUUGAGUUGAAACUUUGCGAAGUAAAAUGUGGAGAGUAGUGGUCGCGCGAUCGGACGACAACAGCACGUUGCUGUCGUCGGAGAUAGCCUCAGGCCCGGUCGGUCCAAGUCACAUCUCCGGCCUGCCUGGAACACCUACCGGACACCAUCACCACCACCACUGGGGAUAUCCACCGCCUCCUCACGCGUCUUAUCAAUCGCAGCAUCCCGAUGCACCGCGUCAUCAUCACGAUCCACGGCCUCCUCACGAGCUGAGACAUCCGGCUAACGCGGAUCUCAGGACUCAGGAACUGAGGCACGAGAUGCACAGACCGGAUUUGAGGCACCCUUCAGAGAUGCAACGGCAUCAGCAAGAACUCCACAGGCCUGACAUGGGUAGACAUCAUCAGGAUCUGUCGGGGAUGAGGCAGGACAUGUCCACGGAUAUUAGAUCUAGUCAUGAGUUUCCCGAUUUGAAGAUCGACGUCGCGGAUAUGAGGAGUCAAGAGAACGGUCAGCAGCAACAGCAACAGCAACAGCAACAACAACAACAGCAGCAGCAGCAGCAGCAGCAACAAUCAUCGCAACAGAAUCCGACUCACCAGCAAAGAAAUUUGAAAAGAACGAUGAGCGACUCAGACUGCGAUGAUGUGUUCUCCGAGGAGAGCGGCAAAGAACCUUGCAAUUCGCCAGGAGGCGAUUCCUGCCAGCACGCGUCGCGAAAACGGAGGAGAGGGAUGAUCGAGAAGAAACGUCGCGACAGGAUAAACGCGUCUCUCGGCGAGCUGCGGAGAUUGGUGCCAGCCGCGGCCAGAGAUCCCCACAGCGGUAAAUUAGAAAAGGCCGAGAUUCUCCAGCUCACUGUGGAACACUUGCGAACGCUUCGAAACAAAGGUCCAGAGGGAUACGACAGCACGAAAUUAGCGAUGGAUUAUCAUGCUGUGGGCUGGGGUGAAUGCGCUGCCGAAGUCGGCAGAUACCUCGUCACGAUGGAGGGCCUCGACGAGAGGGAUCCUCUCAGGUUGCGAUUACUCUCGCACUUGCAAAGUUUCCACCGCGAGCAUCCACCGAACGGGGUGCCCGCGUCCGUGCCUCCGGUGACCAGCUUGACGUCGACGUCGACGAGCAGUAAUUACGAACCGUCGAGCACCGUGUCUACCGGGAUGCCACCGGCAGGGUCGGGGACCAUGCCACCCCUUUUAGGUGGAACUGCGCUCGGAUGGAGCCAGUAUCCGGGACAGUAUCCUCAGCAGCAACACGGCAAACCUUAUAGGCCGUGGGGCGCGGAACUAGCUUAUUGAGAUACGUCCCAUUUAUUUGUAGACUAGACUUCGAAUUUGAAACUCUCGGUCGACUCGCAGAAAGCAGAUGUGAAGGGCGAGAUUUUCCGGUUGAAAAUCUUACCCUAUUCUUGAAUUUUAUGCAACGCGUGCCUUCUGCAAGUUCACCUGCUACUUUAACUUCGAUCGUUCCUAGGCAGAACGAACGAGAACGUAAUUUUUCUACGUGUGAUACGAUAUGAUAGUCAUGCCAGUAGCUGAUAGCGAAGAUAUAAUUUAUUAUUAGAUUCGUGCGUUCCACGAAGAUGUACAGUUUGUAUAUACCAAUGACUGAUGUAAAUAACUUUUACUUUUGUACGAUCUCUUUAUAUCCUCGAUUUUCGAUAUUUUCUACUGUAUCUAUUUAUCCGGUUCUCCGUGCAACGGAGUUGCGUCGGACGUGUGAAACAAGUGCCAUUAAACUCCUCCGUAUAUGUACUUACAUGUUCCAAAUGCUCAAAUUAUUCUUGCAAUAAAGAUUGGCAAUAACACUGAACGAUAUGUGCGUAGUUUGUUCAUUCCGUCGAAUCUUCCCUCGCAUAGCCGCCUGUCCUAGUUUAACGACGCUAUAGCGGUUGCGAAAUGAUCGAUCGGCCAAGUACGUUUUUGUUCCUCACUUUUUCGCCCUGUUCGCGACACGACGGAUAGGCUACGCGUUCUCACGCGGCGCGUCGCGAUGACAAUGUUCGCCGAACUAUUCUUAUGCAAAGAUUCGCCUAGCAGCUUGCCGCGGAGGCGAGCCGGCAAACGAGAAACAAAGCCGUCGCCGCGGGCGUCGACACGCGAACCAGUUUUGCGCACUCGUUAAAACGUUUUCGCAAAGAAUACCGUGGACCGGGAAAUUCGCUGGGCUCGUUACGAUCGCCACGGCUCGGGGAGCAAUUAGCCGAGUCCUGGUUUUUGCGGAUAUUCAAAAUAGCCAGGGAGCGAGACUAAUUGUCCAAGAGGAAGAAUAGUGCGUGGGCACGUGGCCCCUAUUGUUCGAACCGUCGUUGCUACCCUCUUUUACACUGUUCCCGGACAAAACUGAAACUCCUUCUCGUUACGCGGUUGUCGCAUGAAAAAAAAAGUUACGAAAAAAAUGUUUUUCGACAGAUAAACAAGUUCGCGACUUAAAUAUAUAAUUCUCAACUUUAAAUCGAUUUUAUUCCUCGAUGAAACUUUCUUUGACGCAUUUCAUCCAGCGAUCCUCUGAUGCUCUUAUGACUUGAAAGUCUUCGAAGUACCUGUUUACUGCAGUUGUGAGCUUUAAUGAAAAUUGACAACUACUAAAUUCCAUUUUUGGGAACGAACAGGAUGAAGCAAACCAAACUUUAACUAGUUAGGGAUUUCUAUUUGAA